AUGGCUCCGCUCACCCUCAGCGCCUUCCACUGGCGAAAAAAGGGACUCACACCAGAAGAAUUCAAGAACCACUACGAAACCGUACACAUCCCCAUUCUCCAAGAAAUCACUGGCGAUAAAUUCCCAAAAACACACACGAGACAUUAUGUGGUGCGAACUUCUGACGGAGCCACAUCUGAUGACAAGUCCAACUCGAAGUACAAAGCAAGUGUGUAUGCUGGCACGAAUGCCCAAGAUUUCGACUACGAUGUGUAUAGCGAGCUUGUCUUCGAGAACGAGGCAAAAUUCAAGGCCUUUGAAUCUAUUAUGUUUGAUCCGGUCUUGGGUCCUAAGAUUAAUGAGGAUAGCGUCAAGUUUAUCGAUCAUGUAAAAAUGGUUUGGAUUAAUAUUUCUGAGUCUACCACGGCUCGGACUUCCAAAUAG